AUGGUGUCGCCUGCAGUCGAAAUCAAGAGCCCAGCGGAAUGGAGUUCCCUACUGGAUGCCACCAACAUCGUCGUGGCACAAUUUUACUCCCCCAGUAACGCGGCCUCGCUGGAAGCUAUCCACGUUCUCGAACACCACUCUCAAGAUCUCGAAGGACACGGCACGGUCUUAAAGGUCGCAAAGGUCAACGUGGACGAGUUAAAGGCGAUCAAGAGCGCCUACAGCAUCACCACCCUUCCGACGACUAUGCUCUUCCAGAACGGCAAGGAAAUCGACAAGGUUGCCGGUGACAAUCCUAGGAGGCUGGCGCAACUGGUUGAGAAACUCAAACGCGCAGUUGACUCGGCAAAGACUGAACAGGCAAGCGGGAGCUCCAGCAGCUGGAAGGGUGCCGCACUUCCCCGCGGAUAUGUGGAUGUCACCGAUCAGGUUGAGCUCAAUCGGUCUGAGCUUUUGAAUGUUGACACAGAGACCGGUGGCGUCCGGGUGCUUUUUUCGAGCGAAAAGCCAAGUGCCUUGUCUGGAGGCAAAGGAACCGCCAAGGAUUGGGUAGAAAGUGACACCGACGAGCAACUGCUGCUUUUCAUGCCCUUCCAGUCUAUGCUCAAGUUGCAUACUCUCCAGAUCACCUCCCUUCCUCCCACUGAUGAUGACGACGACGAGGCACCCAUGAGGCCGAAGACGAUCAAGCUUUUUGUCAACAAGCCGCACAAUCUCGGGUUCGACGAGGCAGAGGAUCUUCAAGCUACGCAAGAUAUCGAGCUCUCCGAGAGUGAUUGGAACAAGGAAGGAACUGCCAGCAUUCCUUUGCGUUACGUCCGGUUCCAAAACAUUAACAGCUUGGUUCUGUUUGUUGUCAAUGGGGACGGUGAUAGCGAGAAGGUCAGGAUUGAUAGGCUGAGGCUCAUUGGAGAGUCAGGAGCAGCCAGAGAUAUGGGCAAACUGGAGAAGAUUGGUGAUCUUCCGGGCGAGUAG